GGAGUUUCGGCUUUGCGGAGGGAGCGGAGACAUCGCAGGUGUUGCCGGCAUGCCUAGUAUAUUUGCCUACCAAAGCGCUGAAGUAGACUGGUGCGAAGAGAAUUUUGUACACUCAGAGUACAUUGCAGAAUACUACAACACGAUCAGCAAUGUUGGUUUCUUCAUCCUGCCUCCGAUCUUGAUGUUCCUGAACCCCCAGUACAUCCAGUACCGUCCAAUUCCCAUCCCGGGUCUUACUGUCAUGUCAACAUUGAUUGGUCUGUUCUCUGGCUACUUCCACAUGACUCUCAGCUACGCAGGGCAGAUGCUGGAUGAGCUCUCCAUUCUCUGGGCAAUCGCUCUCUGCUACGCUUUCUGGUUGCCUGCUCACUAUUACCCAUCGUUCAUCAAAAACAGGGAUCAGUUCAUGUGGCUGGUGGGCGUCGUGACCAUCUUCAGCACCCUGAUGUCCUUUGUGAAGCCGACCCUGAAUGCUUAUGCCCUCAACUCCAUCGCCUUGCACCUUUUAUACUUGAGUAACCUGGAAUUCAGAAAGUGCAAAAACGUCCGCGUUCACCGUCUCAUCAGGACCAUGGUCGUGUGGUGGUGCAUCGCCAUCACCUGUUGGCUGACGGAUAAGUUUUUGUGCAGCAUCUGUCAGAGGUUCAAUUUCACCUACCUUCACAGCAUGUGGCAUCUUUGUAUCGUCGUUGCCCUUUUCUACUGCGCCACCGGGGUCAUAUACUUCGAUGUCUCCUACGAACUCCCUAGCUCCGAGCCAGACGUGGCUUACUGGCCCAGCAAGAGUAGCAUCUUUGCGCUGCCGUACAUCGACCUCCCAAAAUUCAAGAAACAGUGCUAAGGGACUGCGAGACUGCUGAGGAUAACAGGAGCCCGGCACUGAUGCGACGGGUUCAACCAUUGCGACGACUGAGCCCUAUGCUUGUUUGGCUGGCGAAAGGCUUCGCACCGCCAAACCCUUGUUGCCUGGGAGGCCGCGCAUGCAGGUAGCUUUGUCGCAUGGCUUGUCGCCCAACCCUGUUGCGCAGCGAGUUUUCCCGCCAGCCCGGCUAUACUGCGCGGGAUGCCUCCGUUAUGCGACAUUGAAACUUGCCCCGUUCCCCAGAGAAUGGUGGACACCAUAUUUAAGCCAUUUAUAGAGGACGUGUGGAGAGAAUGAGAGAACGAACGGAUCUCUCGCUUUAUGGACAUUCUGCGCAUGUUCACCACUGCCUUGCUCCAACCUGUAUUA